AUGAUAUCAGGUUCAUUUAAUGAAGAAGAAGAAGUCGCAGUUGUUAUAUUCAAAAGAUUAAAAGCAAAAACACCUAGAAGUUAUGCAUAUGCUAAUGCACCACCAUUUUUGGAUUAUGGAGAAGAAUUACCACCCAUGGUUUUAAUUUUUGUAAUAGUAUUGGUAUAUUCAUCUAUUGCACCAAUAAUUUUACCUUUUGUAUACUUCCAUCCUUAUGAAACCGCUGGUCUUGCAUGGCCAAAAAUCUUUAGAAGGAUUACAAUCGGACUUUAUAUAUACCAAAUUAUGAUGAUUGGUUACUUGAUACUUAAAGAGUCUUAUUAUUUGGCAGUAUCUGUCUUUCCUACCCUUAUCAUGACUGCUGUAUUUUUUUAUUAUGUUAACACGGCAUAUGAUCGUAAUGCUGCAUACAUUCCAUUAAAGACAUUAAAAGACGAGGAAAAAAAAUCAACAAUUAACACAAAUGAUGAUGUUACUUUUAAACAAAAAACUCCUGACAAUGACACCACCACCACAACUGAUGAAAAUUCAAAUGCAAAAGAUGUGUUAGAAGAUGAUUUAUAUCAUGCAGAACCAGAUAUGUACACCGACUACAGCCAGCCACCAAUGACUUUGUAUAAAGGAGUCUUGAAUACAGGAAUGAGGAAUUACAUUGCACCUGCAUUGGUUGGCACACUUCCUUGGCUAUGGUUGCCAGUCAAAAGACCAAAAGUAACUAAAAGCACAGGAUGGUUAAGAAAUAAAAUAGGAAUAUUCAAAAAAUAUUCUAGAAAAUCGAAUUAUGGUACUUCACGUUCGAUUGACGACGUUAAUGAUGAUAGCAAUGAUGAAUUGAUAAAUGCUAAUUUGAUUGAAGAAGACUUGUCAAAACAAAAAGAAGCAGAUUCUAGAAUUCGUGAAAAUUUAUACAAGACAUUACAAGAUCCUAAUAAUCCACAUAAAGCAUACUAUUGUCGUCAUGACAGAGAUAUACAAUCAGGGAGUAGAGCAGCUGGUGGAUUUAGAAAUCUCCUUGGGAUUUCAUCUACAAAUGCUAAAGAUCCUGAAGAAAGGAACAAAUAG